UUUUGGCGUCCUCUCUCGCAGGAAGGGAUCGGCUUGGAUGCCGUCAACGACGGCUUGCUGAUAGAAUCCAGCGUUUACCAGCUGCUGAAGCGGUACUGCCGAGACCAGCCGUACUACCUGAAUUUAAUCGAGCUUUUCCUCCAGUCAUCCUACCAGACCGAGCUGGGCCAAACCUUGGACCUCUUCCAGAUCAACCUAGAGAACUACGGUAAAAAAGAUCCGGAGAAGAUUAACCGCGUGAAGGCUCUUUACGAAGAACAGGAUUUAAAAGCCGUUUAUCAAAGCUACGAAGAAAACAGCUACCAAAAGAUCGUGGCUUUAAUCGAUCAACACGCCGUCCGUUUGCCAGCCCGGAUUUUCCUGGAUUUGGCCGACAAAAUCUACAAAAGGCAGAAAUAAAUUUCUGCCCAAGGAAUCCGGAUUUUAUUUCUAGCUGGGACUUGAGAUAAAAGCGGAAUUUCUUUAAAACGGUUUGCGGGCUAAUUCAGAAAGAGGAAAAAGGGAGGAAUACUUUCCUUGCGUUACCCCCUCCAUGGGAUAUUUGUUUUUAUUUUCUUUCGAUAGGGGGCCUUAUUUAAGGAA